AUGAGCGCAAUACUCUCCGCAGACGACCUAAACGACUUCAUAAGUCCAGGCGUAGCCUGCAUAAAACCAAUCGAGACCCUCCUCCGCGCCCCCGCCGCCCCCCCCCGACGCCUCCCUCGAACACGAACAAGCAAUGCGCCCCCCGCCGAAAUCUCCCUCACAGACUGCCUCGCCUGCUCAGGCUGCGUCACCUCCGCCGAAGCCGUCCUCGUCGCCUGCUCAGGCUGCGUCACCUCCGCCGAAGCCGUCCUCGUGAGCAUGCAAUCCCACACCGAGGUCCUCAACACCCUCGACUUCGGCCCGUCCCUCCGCAUCGUCGGCCCGGACCCGACCACGGGCGAGUUCCGCGUCCAGGGGCUCGAGGACGAGAGCAGGAUGCUCUUCGUGGCGAGCGUCUCGCCGCAGACGAGGGCGAGCCUGGCCGCUGCCGCGGGCGACGGCACGACGGAGAGGCAGGCGGGGUAUAUGCUGGACGCGCUCUUCAGCGGCGAGCAAGGUCUUGCCAGCGGGGGAAAGCAUGGGAACGGGUUCACGUGGGUGUUGGAUACCAACGUCGCGCGCGAGGCGUGUCUUGUUCUCGGGGCGGAUGAGGUUCUGGGUGGCGGUAGCGCAGCAACAGCAGCAGCAGGCGCUUCGCCGUCUCCAUCACCAUCGACCCCAGCGACCAAGCCGAUCCUCACGUCGUCGUGUCCCGGGUGGGUGUGCUACGCCGAAAAGACGCACCCCUACGUCCUCCCGCACCUGUCGCGCGUGAAGUCGCCCCAGGCGCUCAUGGGCACCCUCCUCAAGACGACGCUGAGCAAGAAGCUUAGGAUCCCGCCCAGCAGGAUCUGGCAUCUGGCCGUCAUGCCGUGUUUCGACAAGAAGCUCGAGGCCAGUCGCGAGGAGCUCACGGAUUCGGUGUGGGGUCCCGACGGGGACGGGAAGCCCGGUAGAGGGGUCCGCGACGUGGACUGCGUUAUCACGAGCAAGGAGGUCCUCAUGCUGGCCGAGUCAAGGGGUUUCAAUUUCUUUAAUCUACCGCGGGGCAAGCCAUCUGCCGCCGCUGUCCAACAUACGCCGUUCCCGGACACGAGGCUAGAAAAGUUCCUCUUCCCGGCCCGUGGAGCCCACCGCUCGUCCGUAGCCGCUGGCUCCUCCGGCGGCAACCUCUACUUCACCCUCCAGACCGUGGCCUCCAAGCACCCCAACUCUCAGAUCCAAGUCAUCCGCGGCCGCAACGCCGACGUCGUCGAGUUCGUCGUCGCUUCCGCCACGGGCGACCCUAUCUUCAAGGCUGCGCGGUACUACGGCUUCCGCAAUAUCCAGAACCUGGUCCGAAAGCUGAAGCCGGCACGGCCGUCCCGGAUGCCCGGCGGCAAGGCGUUCGGCGCCGCUAGGAGACCCACGGAAAGUCAUGGCGGCCUGCCCGGCGGCUGCACCAACGGCGGUGGGCAGAUCAAGGUGGACGACCCGAUCGUCGUGGAGCGCAAGGGUUACGAGAGCAAGCCGGGCCCGCUCGAGCAGAAGGAUUUCCUGGCCGAGGUCGACGAGGCCUACUUUUCAGCAGAGGACUCUGACGGCGAGGAGAGCAAUGGUAUUACUCAAAAUGGUGACGGUCUGCAAGUAGCAGACGACGUUGUUGACGGAAUUUCGCCUUCUUACAUUCGAGAUACCCUAGCGCAUUGGGCGGAUUGCACUGGCAUAGACUUGGGUAGACUGGCCCUCACCACGUAUCGCGAGGUGGUCAGCGACGUGGGCAAGGACAAGGCUAGCGACACGGAGCGCGUCGUUCAGCUGGCGGGAAAGAUUGGCGGAGGCUGGUAG